AUGGCACAGUCAACUACUCUGUCAUCAUCGUCUAAUUCUGACAAUAAACGCGGGAGAAAAAAACGACUAAGUGAAAAAGAUAAAUGCUUAGUGUGCGCAGAUCAGUCGACAGGAAUCAACUUUGGUAUUCAUUGUUGCUCACCAUGCAAAACAUUUUUCCGUCGAAAUGCUGUCAAACUUGGUUCAUAUGACUUUGUUUGUAUGAAGGAGGGUGAUUGUCCAAUCACGAGUACUACACGACGACUUUGUAAUUGUUGUCGUCUAGCGAAAUGUUUUCGAAUGGGAAUGAACCGAAAUGUUAUACGUACAGAAGAUGAAAGACGCGAGAGAACUCGAUUAAUUGUGAAAAAUCGACAACAACGAAUGGAAGAUAAACAAAUUAUUCGACCAGUUAAUCUACUUCAGCAUUCUCAUCAAACUUACUUGUAUCUGUCAACAGCUGAUCAAACGCUAUUGACCAAUAUCCUGCGGGCAUAUGAUCGUAAUUCCGACACAAUAGGGUAUCGUGCAGUGAUCAAAAUGCGUGAUAAUGAUACAAUAUCACUGCAGAAACUGAUGAACAGUGUAUCAAAUACAUAUCUUGCCAUAGUCAACUAUUUCCGACUCAUACCUGAAUUUAGUACAUUACCAAUACAAACAAAAGCAGCAUUGUUGAAGAGCAAUUUGAACCAAGUGAUUCGUCUUAAUAGUGCAAUCAUUAUACAUGCUGCAGGUGACAGAGAAGAUCCGGAUAGGCUGGCAUUGAAACACACCUUUCCAGCUGACUUGUAUCGUGAGUUAUCUCGAUGUGCAAUUGAUCUUUUCCCAUUCGUCUACGAUCCAUUAUUUAUGAAAUUAAUCCUGGUCGUCGUGAUUUUCUCGACCAGCUUGAGUAUUCGUUUUGCUGCUGGCCCGUCAAUCAUCUACCCAAAGAAUCUCUUUGCAAUUCAAGAUAUUUAUAUUGAACUAUUGUGGCGUUAUAUUUUAUAUCGUUCUACAUCAUACCGACAAAGUGUUCGACUCCUAACAACAUUUAUCACUCGUCUACUUCACUCUCAAGUGAUUGGCGAGAAACUUACUGAACAUAUAAGCAAAGCAUCGCCCAAUCAAGCAGAGAAAUUAAAUAAUGAGAAAAAGAACAUCAAGUCAACUGAUGAAUCGCUACAUCGAAUUAAGAGUAUGAAGUAUCCAGCAGAUAUUAUUGAAUCGGUACAGACGGACUUGCCAGGUGAGCCAAAAAUAAAAAUAAGCUUUGCUGGAAUGGAUGAAGGUGAUGACGAUGAUGAUGCAACAAUUUCCGUCGAUACAGAUGAUGAAGACGAAGAUGAAGAUGAAGAUGAGGAUGAAGAUGUUACACCAACGAAGAAAAAGAUCUUACCAAAGUCGAAACCUGAAGACAUUCAUUCGUUUCUUUAA